AGGGAUACUUCAUAAUGAUAUAGCAUAAGAUACAUUCUUGUAUGUUUUUUCAAAAAGAAAAGAACCCCUUCACUCUCAAGAAACUUCCCACCGACGACUCCUCUAUAUUCCUAUUUAUAAAACAAAAAACCAUAGUCUUUCCUUUUCAAACAUAUAUAUUUUGGCUCAUCCGUUUUAUCUGCUAUCUUUCAUUAGUACAUAUAUAAAAAUUAGGUUCAAUUUGCACGCAUCGAUCUUUCCAUUGUUUUAUAUGCUAUCGUUCACUGGUCAGUAGAACUAUAUGGUAACUUUGUUCAUCUGAGUGAUAAUCAUAUCUCCGAGGAUCCUAAUUUGCAUAUGUAAUAAAUUAGCUAGGUUCAAUUUGUGCCUAUCCAUCUUUUGAUUGUUUUAUUUGUUAUUUCAUUUGUAUAAAUAUCUGGUACCUUUGAUCAUCGUAAACAUAGGCAUAUACAUCUCCAAGAAUCCUAAUUUGUAUUAGGUUCAAUUUGCAAGCUAUCUCUUGGUUUGUUUUGUUUGCUACCUCUCACGAGUCACGGAUACACAUAUAUUUGAUAACUCUGUUCAUCCAAGUAAUAUCGAUCCAUAUAUAUCUCCAAGAAUCCAUAUUUCUUUACUAAAAUUAGGUUGUUGAGAUGGGGAAUUGUGUGUUCAAGGGUUUUGGUUUUGGUGAAGUUGAUGUCGAAGAAGAAGAAAACAACAAGAUGCUGAUAAAAGUGGUGACUUGUAAUGGUGGCAUCAUGGAGUUACAUGCACCCAUCACAGCCCAUUGCAUCACUAAUGAAUUCCCAGGACAUGCCAUUUAUCAUAGCCAUGACAUGUUCUCUCCACCACUUUUUCCUAAUGAGGAACUUCAUGCUGGUGAAUCAUACCAUCUCCUUCCUCUACUAAACCAUCCUAUUAUUAAAUCCAAAAGAGGUCAAAAAGAAGAAAAAUGCGAUGUUGAUGAUGUUACUACUUGUGAUAGUAGUAGAAGCAAUUUACCUCAACCAACACCUUAUAGGAUGUCAUUUGAUAAUCAAAGGAUGCUAAAGAGAUCAGAAGCUGAGGUUUUUCCUACCUACAAUAGUACAGGUGUGUGGAAAGUGAAGUUACUUAUUAGCCCUGAACAAUUGUCAGAAAUUUUGUCACAUGAGGCACGUACAGAGGCACUAAUAGAGAGUGUUAGGACAGUGGCCAAAUGUGGUUCUGGUGCUUCUUCUAUGGCUACUGCUCACUCAGACAAAUGGAGUUAUUCUAACACUAAUAAUAAUAAUUGGAAGGCAGCCACUCCUAUCUGACCACUCUUCAUGUUUGAGUUAUAGUGUUAUUUCCGGGGAUUCGAGUUCCGUCGAGUACAUAGUCGUCUUUAUUAAAAUAGGUUUUAAUUUCAAUGUUGAAUUUUUCAACGUAAAUUUAAAUUUAGUCAGACAUCAAUAUAAAUAUCGAA